CAAAAAAGACACGCCUCAAACCGGGACCAAACCGAGACCAAACCAGGUCUAAACCAGGUCUCAGCCAGGUCUAAUCCAACUCUGAACCGGGUCUCAAACAGGACCGAGGCGGGACGGACCGGGCUGAACCAGGACCGGACCAGGACACGCGGUUUUUGAUCUGGAUCCUGGUUCUGGAUUAUUUGGACUCUUCUGGACUUUUCUCCAGGUUUUGGUUUUGGUUCCAGCCUCAUGUGGAUUUAAGUUUUCUCCAUUUUAAAUCUUUUUGGUCGUUUUGUUUUUGUGUUUUGUUUCUGGGAUGUUUCGGAGUUCGCUCUGAGUCCGUGGAGUUUGUUUCCUUUUUGGACUUUUAUUGUUUCUCUUUUUUGUUUAUUUUUUUCUUUUUUUGUUGAUCUUUUGGCGUUUUUUUGCCGUUUCGUCGCUCGUCCCUCGUCUCGGAGUGGGGCUCUUGAUGCCUGAGUACUACAGCUCCCAGGGUGCACCUCUCUCCCCCUCGGCCAAUCAGAGAGCGGCGUCAGAGCGCGCCGACAUGAGCGACUUCUGGCACAAAAUGAGCUGCUGCGUCAUCGCCAAACCUCCCCCCAAGAGGAAGAGGAGGAGGAUCGACCGCAGUAUGAUCGGAGAACCAACAAACUUCAUCCACCUGACGCACAUCGGCUCAGGGGACGCACAAGAAGCAGUACCACCGAUGGGCUCCGUCCAGGACCAGAUCAGAGCCAAAGGACUGAACGGACGCACCGGCCUCUUAUAGCACUGACAGGUUUGAGGAGGCACCUGAACGUUCAGAGGAAACUACAGAACUACAACCUCCACAAACUCCAGCUCCCAUCAUGCAUUUCACCUCUGGACUCUCCAGGCUCAGACUCUUAUUCUGAAAAGUCCUCAUGGGACUUUUAUUCUGAAUUUCAAAUUAAGACGACGUUUGUGAAAUGUUUUAUAUUUUAACACCGUCAAGUUUAUGUGGACCAGACAGGAGCCAAAACCAGGACUAAACCAGGACUGAACCAGGACUGAAUCAGGACUAGACCAGGACUAAACCAGGACUAAACCAGGACUGAACCAGGACUAAACCAGGACUGAACCAGGACUAGACCAGGACCAGGACUAAACCAGGACUAAACCAGGACUAAACCAGGACUGAACCAGGACUAGACCAGGACUAGACCAGGACUAAACCAGGACUAAACCAGGACUAGACCAGGACUGAACCAGGACUGAACCAGGACUAGACCAGGACUAAACCAGGACUAAACCAGGACUAGACCAGGACUGAACCAGGACUAAACCAGGACUAAACCAGGACUGAACCGGGACGGAACCAAGACUGGACCAGGACUGAACCAGGACCAGACAGGAGCCUAAACCAGGACCGGACCAGGACCUUGUGGACCUGAGCUCAGCACUUUGAAGCGUUGCUCCUGUUUGCUCCAAACUGAAUUUUGUCUCUAAACAUUUGAAUCUUUUUUAUAUUUUUCUUAAAUUUUGACUGAAUCUGUCUGAUUCUGAAAAUGUGGAUUUCGUGUUUAGUUUAUUUGAAAUUUUUUGUGGAAUUUUGUGUUUUUACGACAAAAUGAGCUGAAAAUCAAAUGUUUUAAUAUAUUCAAAUAAACUACUACAGCAACA